UACUGCCACACAUUCACACAUUCAUGCACACAUUCCACACCGACGGCGGAGUCAGCCCCUCAUGGCGACAGCCAGCUGGUCGGCAGCCGUCAGGGUGAGGCGUCUUUCUCAGGGACACCUCGACACUCAGCUAGGAGGACUCGGGGAUUCAACUAGCAACCUUUCGGUUAAAAGUCAACCCGCUCAACUCCUGAACCAAUGCCGCUUCGGGACUGUCUGGGCUCCUUGCUGGCGUCAUGAUAUUAGGAGAAGAGACACCGACUGAUGCGGGAGGACUUCUCCCCCAUCAUCCAGUAGGAGAAUUUGGAUCACCCAGUAGGAGUGGUGGAGCAUCCAGUAGGAGGUUUGGCCUUCAGAGAUUCCUCUCCACGGGCACGCGCAGGGUCGCGCGCCCCAGGAUCCGAGCGCGUGGGCUCAGAGAGGAGCGAGCAGAGAGUACGCAGGCAGACCUGGUACAAAGAGGACCUCCUGGUACAAAGAGCUCCCAAUGAAGGACUGGUCACUCUCCCGGACCUGGUACUGAGAGUUCACAAGGACUGGUCUCUCUCCUGGACUAUUUAGGACUCGGCUGAAGCUGGUUUUGUAGGAGCUUUAUCAUCUCCUUCCGACGGAAGGAUAGUGAAGACCGAGUGCAGAUCGAGUGGAGACCGAGUGAAGACCGGGGCGGCUGGCUGCAGACUGAGAAUGGCUCUGAACGUGGGGGGCAUCGUGGCCGUGGUGGUCUUCUACGUCCUCAUCCUGGCCAUCGGAGUCUGGGCCUCCAAGAAGUCCAAGAAGGAAGAGAAGAAAUGUGCCGGCAGCAAGUGCGAGGUCACCAUGAUCGGGGGCCGGAACAUCCACCUGCUGGUCGGCAUCUUCACCAUGACCGCCACCUGGGUGGGGGGCGGCUACAUCAUGGGCACCGCCGAGGCCGUGUACUCCCCGUCCCAAGGCCUCCUGUGGGCCACGGGCCCGCUGGCCUACCUCCUCACAUUCUUCCUGGGGGGUCUGUUCUUCGCCAAGCCAAUGAGGGCCCGGCGCUACGUGACCAUGAUGGAUCCCUUCCAGCGGCGCUAUGGCAACGCUUUCACCACCGCCCUUCUGGUCCCGGCGCUCCUGGGGGAUGUGCUCUGGGUGGCCUGCAUCCUGGCGGCCCUGGGCGGGACGAUGAGUCUGAUCCUGGAGCUGUCGUCCUACUACUCCAUCGUGCUGUCUGCGGCGGUAGCCAUCACCUACACCCUGCUGGGUGGCCUCUACUCCGUGGCCUACACCGACGUCAUCCAGCUGUUCUUCAUCUUCCUCAGCCUGUGGCUGUGUGUUCCCUUCAUCCUCCUCAACCCGACCUCUUCUGAUGUCACACACACAGCUCAACCAAUGACAGCCUGGCUCAACCAAUCACAGCAGGUGCCCUGGAUGGGCGAGUUGAAGCUAGAGGAUGCUGGGAAAUGGCUGGAUGAACUCCUCUUAUUGGCUCUGGGGGGGCUGUCCUACCAGGCCCUGUACCAGCGGAUCCUGUCGGCCGCCUCCCCGUUGCAGGCCCAGGUCACAUGCUUCCUGGCUGCCGGCCUGGUCCUGGUGCUGGCCGUGCCGUCCAUCAUCAUAGGAGCCGUCGCUUCCACUACGGACUGGAACCAGACGGCCUACGGCCUGCCCUCUCCGUUUGACCGCGGCGAGGCGGGGAACGUGCUGCCCAUCGCCCUGCACUACCUCACCCCGUCCUGGGUGUCGGUGGUGGGCAUCGGGGGGCUGGCCGCCGCCGUCAUGUCGUCCAUGGACUCGGUGCUGCUCUCCUCAGCCUCCAUGUUCGCCCGCAACAUCUACAAGAAUUCGCUGAGAGUCGAGGCGUCAGACAGGGAGUGCCUGUGGGUGAUCCGUGCGUCGGUGCUGUUGGUGGGGCUGGCGGGCAUGGGCCUGGCCUUCAUGGAGAGCAGUGUUCUGGCGCUGUGGCUGGUCAGCGGGGACCUGAUCUACGUCACCAUCUUCCCCCAGCUCAUCUGCGUGCUGCACUGCCCGCGGGCCAACGGCUACGGGGCACUGACCGGGCUGGUCCUGAGCACCGUCCUGCGGGGGCUGAGCGGGGAACCCCUCCUCCACCUCCCCCCCGUGCUGCUGUUCCCCGGCUGGCGGCGGGACCCCCUCAGCGGCGCUGUCAGCCAGUACUUCCCCUUCCGGACGGCCAUCAUGCUGCUGGCCAUGCUGUCCAUCCCGGCCGUCUCGCUGCUGGCCCAGGGGGCCUUCAGGCUCCGCCUACUGCCGGCCUCCUGGGACCUGAUGGGGGCCCUGCAGGGGGGCGGGGCCGAGAAGGGGGAGGAGGGGGAGGAGCGGGAGGCCAGGGCGGUCCCGCCCGCCAAGGAGAACCUGCUAGCUCUCUCCGGCCCCCCCCCCCCCCGCGCUGGCUGAGAGCUGCUGAUUGGUCGGUAGUGGGAGGUCGUCCGUGGGCUUGUUUUGUACUCGUUCCUCUUCUACUGCUACUGCUACUGCUACUCUUCGCUGCUUAUGUCGUGGGCCUGAAGCUUUGCUUAGUCUGAUGUCUCCUUCGGGACUUCCCCAUUCCUGGUGCUAGACUCCAGCUCUCGUGUGGAGUUAUACGGGAUCGCUGAUCCCCAGGUUGUCAGAUGGGUGCCUUUUGUUCUCGUGGAUGUUGUUAGUUCUGCAUGAUGGUUUAACCGCCCUGUUGGUCAGGUCAACGAUAUUCAACAAAUCAAAGCAACUGAAACAUCUCGCUGUUUAGCAAACGUCUUUUUCGUUAUUUUCUUUAUGUCUCAUCAUUAUGCAACAUUAUCACCUGGUCACCGCUUCAGAGGUCGACACUUUCGUCCCAAAUGUAAAAAGAAGGCCCUAACAGACUAACCUCUCCUCUGAGACCCCCUCUGAGACCCCCACUAACAGACCAACCUCUCCUCUGAGACCCCCUCUGAGACCUCCUCUGAGACCCCCACUAACAGACCAACCUCUCCUCUGAGACCCCCACUAACAGACCAACCUCUCCUCUGAGACCCCCUCUGAGACCCCCACUAACAGACCAACCUCUCCUCUGAGACCCCCUCUGAGACCUCCUCUGAGACCCCCACUAACAGACCAACCUCUCCUCUGAGACCCCCUCUGAUACCUCCUCUGAGACCCCCACUAACAGACCAACCUCUCCUCUGAGACCCCCUC